UACAUCAACAACCAAUAUUAUAAGGGUCCAAGUAAAACUCUUAAUUCCAAUAUCAAGCCAAAGAAAAUCUUUCAAAAACUAAGAAAAAAUAAAAACCUUUUACUCUAGAAAUCUAAAAGAAAAAUGGGUGCUAACUACUCAAUUACAUUGCAUGAAGCUCAUAAUAUGCCAAUCACACCACAAUUCAAGAGGUCUAAAGUCAUUGCUUUCCACUCUUCAACAAAAUGGAAGCUCCAUUUUGAUUCUUUGAAAAAUACAAACAAAUUGGUUGUUAUUGACUUCACAGCUACAUGGUGUGGUCCUUGCAAAUACAUGGAACCAAUUCUUAAUGACUUUGCUGCUAAAUAUAUAGAUGUUGAGUUUGUCAAGAUUGAUGUUGAUGAAUUGGAUGUAUGAAUUA